GCUGGGGGAGAAACCAUGUCCCAGCGGGUGAGGCGCAAUGGCUCUCCCACGCCCGCCGGCGCCCUGGCGGGUGGCGCGGUCGGCCGCGGGGGCCCCGGGAGCCGCCUGCAGCCCAUGAGGGCCACCGUGCCGUUCCAGCUGAAGCAGCAGCAGCCGCAGCCGCAGCAGCAGCAACAUGGCAGCCCCACGCGGGGCGGCGGCGGCGGCGGUAACAACGGCGGAGGCGCUUCAGGCCCCUCGGGUGGUGGCGGUGGUGGCGGCGGCGGCGGCCCGCGCACCGCUUCGCGCAGCACCAGCCCCACGCGCGGCGGUGGUGGGGCGGCGGCGGCGCGCACCAGCCCCACGGUGGCCACGCAGACGGGCGCGUCCGUGACGUCCACGCGCGGCACCAGCCCCACGCGCGGCACGGCGCCCGCCCGGAGCAGUCCUCCGCGACCGCCGCCGCCCCUGCUGGGCACCGUGUCGUCGUCGUCGCCCAGCUCGUCGCCCACCCACCUGUGGCCCGGCGAGGCGAGCGCGGCCCCACCCCCGGCCCGCGUCCGCCACCGGAGGAGGUCCCCGGAGCAGGGCCGGCCCUCGGCGGAGAAGAGGAGCCCCAGCGCCCCGGUGUGCAAAGCAGGUGACAAAACACGGCCUCCUUCCUCAAGCCCCUCCAGCAUUAUCCGGCGCACUUCCUCCCUGGAUACACUUGCAGCUCCAUACCUUGCUGGGCACUGGCCCCGAGACAGUCGUGGGCAAGCAGCACCCUGUAUGAGGGACAAAGCCACACAGACCGAGAGUGCGUGGGCCGAAGAAUAUGCUGAAAAGAAGAAAGGGUCUCAUAAGCGCUCAGCAUCCUGGGGCAGCACAGAACAGCUUAAAGAGAUUGCAAAAUUACGCCAGCAGUUGCAGAGAAGCAAGCACAGCAGCCGUCAUCACCGAGAUAAAGAGAGGCAGUCUCCGUUCCAUGGCAACCAUGCAGCCAUCAACCAGAGCCAGGCUCCUGCUCCAAAGAGCACACUUGUCCCCGUCAUCCCCAUCACCAAGUCGACAGGCUCUCGGUUCCGGAACAGCGUGGAAGGACUGAACCAGGAGAUCGAGAUCAUAAUUAAGGAAACCGGGGAGAAGGAAGAGCAGCUCAUUCCGCAGGACAUUCCUGACGGUCACCGUGCGCCCCCGCCCCUGGCCCAGAGGAGCAGCAGCACCCGGAGCAUCGACACCCAGACCCCCGGCGGGGCGGACAAGGGGAGCAACAACAGCAGCCGCUCUCAGUCCGUGUCCCCCACCUCCUUCCUCACCAUCUCCGGCAGCGAGGAGAGUCCCUGCUCAGCCGAUGACCUGCUCGCUGACCCCAGGGAUAAAGAGAAUGGAAACAACUCUCCUUUGCCAAAAUAUGCAACCUCACCAAAACCUAACAACAGUUACAUGUUCAAAAGGGAGCCUCCCGAGGGCUGCGAGAAGGUCAAAGUCUUUGAGGAGUGCUCGCCAAAACAACUUCAUGAAAUUCCAGCCUUUUACUGUCCUGACAAAAACAAGGUGAAUUUCAUUCCCAAAAGUGGCUCUGCUUUCUGCCUGGUGAGCAUCCUCAAGCCGCUUCUGCCCACGCCAGAUCUCACCCUCAAGGGCUCUGGUCACAGCCUGACGGUCACCACCGGCAUGACAACCACUCUGCUUCAGCCCAUCUCCAUGGCCUCCCUGUCUGCAAACACAGAGCAGGACAGGGUGUCUCGAGGAACCAGCACAGUCCUGCCGUCCGCCUCCCUCCAUGCACCACCAGAACCAAUUGAGGAAGCUGAAGGAUAGGUCCCAGUUGCGGUGCUGGUUCCUGGGAACCCCUGAAGAUCGCGUGACGGUGAUGGUAUCGUGUCCUCCCGGUUGGCUGUGAAGUGCUUUGGCUUUUCCAGUGAUGUGUGACAACGAGGCUGCUGGAAGAAUGCAUCCCCUGUGAGUGCUCUGCCCCACGCAUGAAGGCCGCCGCCGCAGUGCUCAAAAACACGGAAGGAAGGUCUCUUUACUUUCGGAGGAACAAAAUCACAUUUUCAUUUGUUUUCAAAUUAGACUCGUUUAAAAACAAACAUAAAACCUAAUCCCUGCAAACAUGAUUUCUGAAGGGAGAUGUGAUUGAUGCUGCAAGAAAACCAUCUUUUAUAUGAAAAUGACUAUUUUAUAAUACCAAUGUUACAUUUUCUGAAAGUAGCAAACAGGAUGUUCAAAAGAUUCUUUGGUGGCCUCUGUUUCUUCUUUCCCUUUUCUAGAUGUUGCUUUUCUCAGCUGUUUUCAGCUUUGGGACCAAAGGGAUUGUUGACAUUUCCCCAGCAAUGUCAAUCUCAUGACUGUGUUCUUCUCCCAAAUAAGAAUUGAUAGGUAAAUGCAUUGAACCAAGUAUAUAUAAAAAGAUAAAAAGCAAUAUUCGUACAUUAUGUGAUUUAUGUUUUUUGAUGUCAAAAGUUUGUGCUUUGGGUGAAGUAUUUGUAAAACUGCUGUGUUCUGCACUAUCCUGCUCACAUCUCAGUGUGUGGUCAGAAAAGUGACAGUCUGAAGACAGGUGCUUUAACACAAGAACUUGGUGUAACAGUCAGUGAGCCACAAGAACCCAAGUGUGGAUCGUUAGCUGGGAGUGCGGCGCGCUCUGGUCUUCUGUGAACUGUGUCACGUGGUUGCCCUGCUUCGCCGGGUGUCCCUCUACCUUGAAUCAUGCCUGUAUCAUAGCCCCAAGAGACCCUGAAAUGGCUGUGCAUGGAUCUCCUCCUCUGCUCUUGUGGUGGUGUCGUCUUGUGGAUUUGGUCAGGGUUAGUAGUUUGCCAGGAGUGCAAUCCAUUGAGUAGCAACUGGGAGCCGAAGCGUCCCGAGGACGAACUCUCUCUGUUAUGGUGGGCACUGAGAUUGGUUGCCUACAGCUCCCAACAUUCUACACACUGGGGGAGGUAGACGAGAGGUGUGGAGCUGAGACAGCGGGUACCUUGGGAAAAUUGAUUCAGUUUUGGAUUUGGGCUCAUCUGAGAACCACUGCCAGUGCCCCAGGACAGUAAUCAGUUUCUAGGUAUGUGGUGAUAAAAUUAAGGAGCCGCUCUUGGGAAGUGAGUUCUGCCAGUGUUGGCACAGCAUUGUUACAGUGCUGUUACACGCGGACCCACGCUGCUACACGCAGCAGAGAAGUUUUAAAGCCCGAGAGAGUGGGCCACCGCUUGGGAGGCUCGUCCAGCCACUCACUGGUCCCAUCCUUCCACCGAGCCCUCCGGGGCUAGCAGAGCGUUUCCUGUCUCCAGGUGUUCGUAACCUCCGGAUGUCUGGGCACUUGACCGAAGGCUCUGCUGCAUUUUAAAUGGGGAUGUUGUAGGUUAGUCGGAUAAAUUUGAACACCUGUGUCAAUCCAUCCGGUCUUUGUUGGGAAGACUGAUAGAUUUUGGUACUUUUGACAUCCAAAGCAUCACAUCCUGGGCACUGGCAAAUUGUAGCUUCUAAGUCAGUAAAACCUCAGUUGUUUGGGGUGUAGACUUUUUGGUUGGUUGGGUUUUUUUUUUUUUUUUUUUUUUUUUUUCAGUUUUGGAGGGUUUUUUUUUUGUACCUUGAUUUUUUUUUUUUUUUUUUUUUCUGCCUUGUCAUGCCUUUGACUUUACUAUUUUAUCAGUAUCAGAAUUUAGAAGAAAUGUACAUGUCAGUCAGUUGAGUUGAUCUAAAAGGAGAAGGAGGCAGUUAAAAGCAAGUGUUUUUGUUUUAGUUUAGAUAGGCUCUUGUUCUGUAGUCCUAACUGGCCUGGCACUUGCUAUGUGGACCAGGCUGGCCUGGAACUCAGAUCUCCCAACCCUUGCCUCCCAAGCACUGAGAUGAAAGGCGUAGGCCUCCCAUCCUGCUCAUCAUCUUUUUCAUCCUGUGGGGUCCCCCACUUGACUUCUGUUGAGUUGAUGUUUGUUUUUUCUUUAUCGUGCACCACCUCAUCUCUCGCUUUACCAGAAGAGAAUUGCUCUAAUCCGUUCCUCUCCACUGUGCUGUCCUCGUUGGGCAGAUGAUGGACUUCUGCAGUCAUACGUGUCCCCGAGGUCUCAGGUCUCAGGUCAGUCUGCUCUUAGAACUUUAGUCUGAGGUUUGGCUGGAAGAAGAUCGUGAAUUUGCAGGUAAAUGAAUUGUAUGGUGACCAAAUACUUUGGAGUUUUGGAGUAAUAGAACCUGAGAUCUAAAGAAAAGCAAAAAAGGUCUAGGUCCGAAAACAACUCUCAACUGCCAGGGCCAAAGGGCUAAUCUUUAAACAUACGAGCUUUAUUGAAGUCUUAGUCCACCUAGCUGUUUUAUUUAACUCUGAAUUCCCAGGUGGUUGGUUUUACAAAUGGGUCUCCUCUCCGUAGAGUGGGUCUGAUUCUAGUCUGAUUCUAGUCACCCCGUACUCCAUGACUGUGGUUAUUCUGUAGAAACUGUACAGCGGUAGAGUAGCGUCAGUGGGGAUCGAACCCAGGGCCUCAAGCAUGCUGAGCAAGUGCUGCCACUGGCUUAUUUCCCUAGUCCCUAACUUAAAUUCUUAACUAAGAAGAUUGACUUCCAUUGCAGUAAAAGUGGGUGGCAUGUAGUUUUUUGGCCAAAGGAGCUGUUCCCUAGUUAUUUGUCUGUCUGUCUUUACCCUCAAGUGGUCCUGCCCUGCCAUGAUAAAUGUACAGGUUUACUGCCUCUGAGAUGGUAAGUCUGUUACUCAUCAUUGCUCCAUGGGCAGUCGUGUUUUUAAAAAUAGUAGUAGUUUUGCUUUCUUUGGUUAAAUAUGGUGUCAAAAUAUGAAUGUCAAAAUUCUUUCUAUACCAGAUUCUUCAUUUUGUUUACAGUGUUUCUUAGACGCUAGGACCAUAACCAGAUCUGCCUCUCAGAGGAUGCUGUUGCUGACUGGGGUGUAUCUGGACACAGGAAAAGGCUGCUUGUUUUUUAUUUUUAUUGUUUAUGUUUUGAUUAAAGAAACAGUUGGCUUUUCCUAGAAGAAGGUAUAAAAGAGAAUGGCAGAAUGUAUAGCUUUCUCUAUGUCUGGGAUUAGAACUGAGACAUUAAGGUUUCUUUCAAGGAAACUAAAUUCAAAUUGUCACUACUAAAUCUGUAAAGUUGAGAUUCAUUCCUUAAUGUUGGGUUUGGGGUGUGUCAGAACUGGACCAAUGAAAGUGCUGAAUUUGCCAGAUAAAGCCAAGAUACUUAACUGCACUUUAAGGCGUCUGGGCACACUCUGCCUCCAGUAGCGACCGACCGCCUGCCCGCAGAGUGGCUCUGAACAGUGUUUUGUUUAUACAGUCCUGUUGCAGAUAGAUAAUUUAUGUUUUUUAAACUCCGCAUCUGUCUCUGUUGGUGUCGAUCUUUUUUAAUGCAAUUUUUUAAAGUUAUAACAAAAUUCCCCCGAAAACAGCAUUUCCAGCGAUGAUGAGUAUUGUUGUUGUGGACUGUGUCCCUGCAGCGAGUGCUUCCUGCUGCCUCACAGGGAAUAGAACUCCUAUGUUCAAUAAAGUCUGUUGUUCUUGA